AAAAAUAAAUUAUUUCUAUGAUAAUAUUGAAAGUAAUUAAUUGAAAUUAUUUUAAAAUUAUAUAAUUUAAUACCAAAAAUGCUUCUUGCUUAAAGUUUAAGCAAUAAAAUAUGUAGAAUUUCUAAAACGGCAAAUGAAAUUGAUUGUGCUCAUCGUGCUCAUAAUUCCGCUUAAGCGGAACACCGGAAUUGGAAUUGCACAAUGGCUGAAAUGGUUUAUAUGUCGAGUGCGGAGAAUAGCGCGCGAUCGAUUCUUUAAUAAGUGAUCUAAAAUAAUUAAGGAAAUCAUUAUGUCUGAAACAAAUGAAAUAGUGGAGAAGCCUCCAUCAGAGAUACCACUGCCAAAGCCAUUAGGUGAGGAAAAUGAUGUUACUGAUGUCUCUGUAAAUGAAGCAAAAAGAGACUCUGACAUUUCAAUGUUGGAAGAUGAGGAAAUGCCAACUUACAGUACCAUUUCUAAUUCCACAAAGCCUAAUAAUUCAACUACAAAUUACAAUCAAAGAAUGAAUGAUGUUCCUAUGGAAAAAAGUCGCUCUCAAAGUCCAGAACCAAGUGAAGACCAGGACAACGACGAUAACGAAAGUAUAUACGUCGUUUCAUCUACAGCAGAUACCGAGCGCAAUUUCGAUGAUAUUGAUGAAGAAGAAGGAGAUUAUGAUUCAGAAGAAAUUAAUGACGACGAUGAUGAUGAUGAGGAAGAUGAGGAUGAUGAUGAAGACGAUGAGGACGAGGAUGACCGUGGAGGGUAUAAUAGAGAGUGUUUCGAUAGAGAUUCAGAUGAUUUUGAACAAGACCGAUUCGAAAGAGCUUCUGAUGAUUUUGUACUUCGCCAUAAAAACAAUUUGAAACAAUAUUACAAAGAGAGGAGUUUAUCUUUGCAAGAUUUAACAGCAACAGAUGCUCGUUAUAGUCGAAGGCAAAAUUUUUCCCGUCAUCCUUACUAUGAAGAUCAGCCUAUAUUCAAACCAAAUGUCUACAGUUCUUAUGCAUUAAAUUCUAAACCGUACCAAGUAAUUGAUAAGUACGAAAACAGUGAGAGCAAAGUCAAGCGCUACAUUCAAAAUAUGAAAGAGCAGGGAAGAGUUUAUAAUGUUCAAAGUCAAGCUAAAGUUAAAGAUUUCAAGGAAGAUAAUUGCAAACAAGCUGCAGGUGGAAAACAAAUUAAAGAAUAUGCUAAAAACGUUAUACAAAAAUUAGAACAGGAUGAACUGGACGAAAACAAAGUUCCAAAGUAUGCUACAUUAAAGGCUGUGGAAAAUGUUGAGAAACGUGAAUCUCUAAAAUUACCCUCAAAGGGAAUCUCCACUGAUAUGCAUAUUCCUAUGGAAGUAGAACAUUCUCACAUCAAGAAGCAAAGUAAUAAUUAUAAGAAAAUUAAUGGAAUUAUUGAUUUCGAUGAAGAAUCGGAAAUUACUUGUACUCCAAUCAUAAAAGAAGAUGAAGUAUCCGCACGUCAAACAAAUGAGCAACUUAAUGGCAAUGAACUUUCGAAAAAUGUUAUAAAUCUCAGAACAUUGAGUUAUGAAGAGUACAUGCGAGGAACUUCUCAAGUAGACGAAGAAAAUGAUGUUUACGUUGAAGAUUGUGGCAGAGGUCGUGAGGAACGUGAUGAUGAAGAAGAUAGUGGUAACAAUGAUGAAGAAGAGGAUGAUGAUGACGCAGAAGUAAAAUCAAAUGAAAUUUGUCUGAUAUCACCCGAGAAAACUUCAUGUGAUACAAUUGUUUCAAAGCAGAGUUGUGUUAAUACCUCCGAUUCAAUAAAAAUAAAAAGUAUUAAAUCUAAUUUCCACGAUGAAAUUAGCGUGUACAAAGAUAAAAAUCACAUUAAAAUGAUUAAUCAAGCAACUGAAACAAUUAAAGUAGAUAAUUCUGAGUUUAAAAAAUUACAAGUAACCCUCACUGAAAGAAACACACAAUUUGAGAGUUUAAAAGUUGCGUAUCAGAAAACAUUACAGGAAAAUCUUGCUAUGAGACAAGAACUCGAUAGUUUAAAGAAAAUGUUAAAAAAGUACGAAGAAUACCAGAAUCGCGAAACAAAAUCUGCAUCCAUUCAAACAGAAAGAUUUGAAAAUUUAGAUUCACAAAAUCUUAAUGAGAUGGAAAAAAAGGAUAAAAAUCUUUCGUCAACUGCUACCUCUGCAGCCAGUUCGAUUCAACAGUGGACAGAAAGUGGAUUCAGUCCUUCAAUUUCUAUUGCACCGCCCGAUGUAAGAAAAGCUGUGAAUUCUGAUGACAGCACUGUUUUUGAAAAAACCUCCAAGCAACCACCACACACUCUUUCGCAAGCUUUUAUUACUUCGUCUCGAAUUCUUCGAACGCUUUCAAAUAUAACUCAGAAGAAAUGGAAUGCCGAUAGUUCAUUCACACAAGAUCAAGCAGCAGCAGCAUUUUCCGAAGGUCCAUCGUCUUCUGGCACUCCACUAAAUUCCAAGAAACGUAAAGCUGCUGAAAUGCUUGGAGCUCCCACUAUUGAACAGCCGUUUAAAAUACCUCACACUUCCAUAUCCGCACGAAAGAAAAUAAACCAAGAUUCCAGUAACGAAACGUCUCAAAUGAACGGAUUAUCUUCUCAAAAUGAAAAUUAUUCAGAGAAUAGAAAGAACGGCGACGGAGCAGAGAAGGAGGAGGAAGUUGAAGGGGAAGAAGAUCCGGCGAAAAAAGAUUUAGGAGAUAAUUUAAAGUACUACGUUUAUCAGGACGAGGAAAACAGUAAGGAGCGUAGUUUUCUCAUUCAAGCAGAAGAGACUGGAAAAAUUCCGAGCAAAGGAAUUGUACGAGAAUGCGGACCGUACCUUUUAGGGAAUUUAGAAGUUAGAAUGACUGAAGUAAAUGGAACGAUCAACAUCUGGGGCAAAGAGAUUAAUGUAGAUUCUACGGAAGAGGAAUUCAAUUCGUCUGGAAAAUCAGCAGAUCUAAAGUCAAGCUUUUGCUGGCAAAAGACUCCGCAAACAAAUUCAUUAAAUAACAGUUACAUCACAUCUACUUCUUUUAACAAGAAGUUAAAACCGCAAUCGCAUUUCAAUGAUUCAAACGUUUCCAAGUAUUCUUAUUUCUCUGAUAAUAGCACUCCAAAGUACUCUGCAGAAAUGAACAAUCAAUCAUAUUGUAGAAGAAGUUCGCUGAUCGCCGAUGACAACUGUGGUUCUCGCCCUCAUCGAUUAUCCUGGUCAGGAUGUAAGCAUUUAAUGGAGGAACAAAAACAUGCCUACCAUUCUGGCCACUCUGAUCUGGAUUGUGGACGAUGUAAUUGCAUCAACAGUGUAAAGAGAUGCGACUGCCAUUCCUACAACAGAGUGCAAGGGUGCUCUGAGAAUUAUCGGAGACAUUCCUUCUCUGGUGACUCGAAUAAGUUUCCAAUGGAGAAUCAGUGCUUAAAUCAUUCAAGUCACUGUUCGAAAACUGAAAGCGAAGAUGCUUUCAAACAUAAAACGGGUCACUGUCAAUCCUCUUAUGACAAAGGGGAGGAUUUCCAUCAUCUUUCAAGACAGUGUCAUUCAUCUAAAGAAUUGUCACAUUCCUGUAAUGCUAAAAAUAUUGCCUUGCAUUCCGAAUGCAGAGAUCAUCCCUCAAGUGGCUGCUGUCAGGAUCGAAAUUUCACCAAUCAAAAUGAAGAUCAUUUUAAUUCUACGCGACAGUCGCUUGAACAAAUGGAGGCUCAAAAAAGAAGACUCAGUGGUAAAAAAGUGCGAACUCUUUUAAUGGAUUUAUUGAAGGGAUGUGGAGACUGUCGAACUCCAAAUCCUGCGAAUAUCAGUAAACCAAACAUUGCUGGUCGAGAUUGUAAACCAGAGAUUAUCGUGACUCCCUGUUCACCACGAGCUUCCUACUCAAGCCAGAAUCAGUCGAUGGAAAAAAACAGGUGUUGCGACACUUGCUCUCGACGAACUGAAGUGACUGCCGAAAUUGAAGCCCAAUUAGAAUUUUUUCGUAUUGAAAUGGAAAGAGUUCGCUCGCGUUCCGAUGCCCUACUGGAUAAGCUCAACAUGCUGAAGUCCGCAGAUAAUAAUUAAAUUCAAUUUUUUGUUGCGCGCAUUUUUUUAUGUAUAUAAAAGGCUUUCAUUUUUUUAUGCAAAUUAUUAUAAAAGUAAAUUUAAUUUCUUUUAGUUCUAUUCGUUUAUCGCAAUUAUAUGUAGUAAGUAAUGGUGAAUUUAUUAAUAAAGCGUACACAUGUAUGUAUUCUA